CUUCUUUCUUUCUUUGUUUCAUAGUAAUGAACAACCAUUUUUGUCAUUCCACAAAUUUCUCUCUCCAUUCUUGUUCUUCUUCUUCAACAAUGUAACUAUUUUUCAGUUCAUUAAUCCAUUCAAUCAGCAACAAACAAACAAACAGAUUUGUUGAUGGACACGUAGCAAGCUAGAUAUCGAACCGAGUUAUAACGAUAUGAAAGCGAAAUCAUCAGGUUUGAUAAUCGGGAUUUCGAUAGGGGUAGUGAUAGGAUUACUUUCAGCUGUAAUCGGACUAGUUUGCUUUAGGUUUCAUCGCAGACGGUCUCAGAUAGGUAAUAGUAGUUCUAGGAGGGCAGCAACUGUCCCUAUUCGAGCAAAUGGUGUUGAUUCUUGUGUGAUUCUAUCUGAUUCGUCUAUGGGUACCGAGUCUGCAAGAUCUUCUAUGAAUAAUUCUACACAGGGCGGAAUGUUUUUUUGGUUUGGUGGACCGAGAAGGUCUCAUGUUGUUGCAGCUUCUGGAAUUCUCGAGUAUUCUUACAAAGAUUUGCAGAAAGCAACACAUAAUUUUACCUCAAUAAUAGGCCAAGGGGCAUUCGGACCUGUGUACAAGGCUCAGAUGUCAACUGGUGAGACUGUAGCUAUUAAAGUUCUCGCAACUGAUUCAAAACAAGGCGAGAAAGAGUUUCAUACAGAGGUUAUGUUAUUGGGAAGGUUACAUCACAGGAACCUUGUGAAUUUGGUAGGAUACUGUGCAGAAAAGGGACAACACAUGCUCGUAUAUGUUUACAUGAGCAAAGGCAGCCUAUCUUCUCAUUUGUACGGUGAUAAUCGUGAAUUGUUGAGUUGGAAUUUGAGAGUUCAAAUAGCUUUGGAUGUCGCAAGGGGAUUAGAAUAUCUCCAUGAUGGAGCAGUUCCUCCCGUUAUACACCGAGACAUCAAAACUUCCAACAUAUUGUUGGAACAGUCCAUGGGCGCCAGGGUAGCUGAUUUUGGGCUUUCUAGGGAGGACAUGAUUAACAGAAAUGCUUCCAAUAUUCAGGGAACUUUUGGAUAUCUUGAUCCUGAAUAUAUAUCAACAAGAGCAUUCACCAAGAAAAGCGAUGUCUAUAGCUUUGGUGUAUUACUGUUCGAACUUAUUGCAGGACGAAACCCUCAACAAGGUCUCAUGGAGUAUGUUGAGCUUGCAUCAUUGAACACCGGAGGGCAGGUCGGGUGGGAAGAAAUAGCUGAUUCACGUCUUGAUGGGAACUUUGAUGAGCGAGAACUAAAUGACAUGGCAGCACUUGCAUACAAAUGUGUCAACCGGUCACCAAGAAAAAGACCAGCAAUGAGAGACACUGUGCAAGUGCUGUCUCAUAUCUUAAAAGCAAGACACAAUAAAAAGCAUUACAAACGUUCUCCAUCUGAUGUUGCCAUCAAUAUAGUCCAAACAGAUCGCCAAAAUUCAAUGAACAGCGGACACCAUCGGGUUGACUCUAUGGACAGCACAGCUGACUCCAUUGAUGUUUAAAUGACCCUUUUUUUCUUCUUUUCCUUUUUUUUUAUUAUUGUUUUGUGUAAUAUAUUUGACCAUUUUUACCAGAUACCGAGUAACCCAAAGCACAGAGCUCAGGUUUUGGUGUGGUCCUGAUUAAGGAAAUUAGGAUUUCGAAUUAAGCCCCCUUUUCUCUUGUAAGAUCAGAUGUGGAUAUAAUCCCAGUUUUGUGUAUUAGCACGGGAUAAAUAGGAAUUAUGAGUGCAAACCCGGUGUUUCUUAACUGAUUCAAUUAACCUCUUGGUAUUAUUGGAUUGAUUUUA